GAUAAACCUACGAAUAAAUAAGUAAAUAAAUAAAAAAAAAAAAGAGAGAGAGAGAGAGAAAUAAAAAGAAACAACGAAAGGGAAAAAGAAAAUAGAGAUAGAACGAGAGAUAUGAAAAUUGAGAUGUCCGAAACAACGGAUAAAUAUUUAUUAUCGUCGAGAUCUAUGUUGCAAGGAUCGAGGAUUUGUAAAGAACUUGAUCAGCAACAGGAUGAUAAUGAUGAACAUUGUCCAAAUGAAAAUGAUCACGAUUACGAAUCCUUGGAAUAUGAAGAAGACGCUUAUUAUUCGAAUUCUACGACAACACCAAGUUUCGAUGAUAUCGAUGAAUUAUGCGAUGAUGCCGAUGAGAUCUUUGUUCAUUGUUGGCGUGAUUCGAAUGGAGAAAUCGAUGAGAUCGUAGUGGACGAUGUCAAUUUCACGAUUGAACCGGAACUCCUUAAACCUGAGGAAGUCGGGAAAUCGGGUUUACGUGGAUUUCGAAAGAAAAGAUCGGUCAGAGUGAUAUUUCAAGAUUUUUCUAAACCUUAUCUUGUGAAGAUCAUCAACAGUCAGAAUUAUAAGAAGUUAUUAGAAUUGGUGAAAGGAGAGGAUGCCUCUCUUCACCCAGCUGGUUCUCUUUCUCCAUCGGCUGACAAUGCAGCGAACGAGUUGCAAGGACUCACUUUAGAGGAACAAGAAAAUCAGAAAGCUAUUUGGAACGCGGAACUUGCUAAGAUCGAGGAAGAAAUAAAUACACUCAGGCACGUAUUGGCGAGCAAGGUGAGGGUUUCUCAAGAACUAAAGAGGAAAUUGGGCAUCAGCGUUUGGAAAGAACUUACCGAUGACGUGAAUCAGGGCCUGAAGAACGUUAAGGAGAGUCAAGUUUAUCAGAACGUUGGAGAGAAACUCGGUCAGUUCAGCAAGGCGAUUACCGACAACAGUUUAUUCCAAAAGACUGAGUCGGUCUUUAAAAGUACAGCCGAGAAAACAACGAGCAUUCUUGGUGGUUUUGGCAGUGGCAUUUCUAUGAAAUUAGGUCAGAUGCGUAAUUCAGAUAGUUUCCGUUCUUUGGAAGAAAGAGUUGGAUCUGCUUAUGAAAAUGUUAAGACAAAAGUCGUGCCUUCGAGAUCAAAUUCGACGCAGAGCUUCGACGAUGCAUUACGAGAAGCAGAAGCAACGAGACGUGCAUCAGCAGCACCAUCAGCAACCAGUCCGACCAUUCCCGAGGACAAACUUCUCUCUUAGAGUUGACUUUGAAUUCUUUAAUGGUCACCUAUCUCUCCUAUUCCGCGCUACACACGCCAACGAUUUAUAUGAUAUCGAUCGUAAAUUCUUUUAUGAUCGAAGACUAUCUCUAUCUCGCCCUAUGCGCUCUAUCACUUAAUUAAUUAAUUGUCCAUUGCAUUUUUAUAAUAAUCGGGAGCUAAUCCACCGAAUCAAGUGUACGGUUGGAGAGAACUUAUUAUUAUUAUUAUUAUUAUUAUUAUUAUUAUUAUUAUUAUUAUUAUUAUUAUUAUUAUUAUUCUUAUUCUUAUUCUUCUUAUUAUUAUUAUUAGUAUUCUUAUUAUUAUUAUUAUUAUUAUUAUUAUUAUUAUUAUUAUUAUUAUUAUUAUUAUUAUUAUUAUAUUAAAGGAAGGAAAAAAGGACCAUGAGCCUACAAAAAAAAAAAAAUAAUGAGGAAGAUUUGCCAAGCUCUUUGCUCAUCGUUUUAAAAUAAUUACUAUUAUUAUUAUUAUUAUUAUUAUUAUUAUUAUUAUUAUUAUUAUUAUUAUUAUUAUUACUAUUAUUAUUAUCAUCAUUAUUAUUUUUAUUAUUAUUAUUUUCUUUACUUUUAUUAUUAUUAUUAUCAUCAUCAGAAUGAUUAUUGUUAUUAUUAUAUUUUUUUUAUAUGAUAUGAUCAUGUAUUUCGGAACGUCACGAGCAAUAAUGUUAUUGGCUGGAAUGAUAAGAAAAAAAGAAAAUUGUUCUUAUCGAUGAAGAUUUAGGACAAAAAUGAAAGAAUGUUAUUACGAUACGUUCAAAGUAAAUAACGUAUUAUGUUUACGCGAUUAAAAAAUAUUGAACGUUAUAAAAACGACACGUAAACUCGCAA